AUGCCAGCCCUAUAUGCAGCGCUAACCGGGAGUGCGGUGGAAACGGCCCCGCUUCUCGCCCGGCGUGACCUAACCGUUAACCAUACCCAGGCCAUCACGCUAGGAAUAAUGGCGGUAUAUGUCGUGGUCAUCGCCAUCCUAUGGAACGUCCCUUAUAUUCGCUGGAUGCUAGUGAUUGCAUUCCAUGAAUUCGGACAUGCGAUUACAGCCUGCUGCACUGGCGGGAAAGUCAAAUCAAUCUCCUUGGAUCCACACGAAGGCGGUGUCACUCACAUGCAAGGCGGCAUGAGCGCUGUCACCCUACCGGCUGGUUAUCUGGGUUCAUCCAUUAUUGGAGCUCUGUUGAUCUUCGCUGGGUUUGAUAUUGUUGCUAGCAAGGUUGCUAGUAUCGUUUUGGGCGUCUGCUUCCUACUUACACUCUGGUGGGCGCGGAGGGACUGGCUGACUAUCAUGACCAUUCUGCUUGCGGUAGGUCUCUUGGUGGCUUGCUGGUUCAUUGCCCACGGAGAAGCCUUGCGUUGGGUUGUGCUCUUCAUCGGUGUCAUGUCGGCUUUGUAUAGUGUCUGGGAUAUCUGUGAUGAUCUCAUUCUCCGCAAAGUCAAUAGUUCCGAUGCCAGUGUCUUCGCAAAGAAAUACGGUGGUUCCUCUCAGUGCUGGGGUGUGAUUUGGUCUUUGAUCUCCCUAUGUUUCAUGGCCAUCGGCAUCAUCGGUGGAAUUGCAGCCUUCCCUGAAUCAUUCAGUCAACAGGAGUCUGACUCUCAGCACUUUAUUCCAACUCGCUAG